UCUGAGGUUGUGUGGACCACUUUUGCUGAAUGUAUAUGUUCCUGCUGCAAGAGUUGACCAAAGAACAAAGAAGACCAACAGCCAUACAGCAUACAGUGUCAUCAUGUACAGUUUCAGCUUUCCACUGGUGCUAUUGUGUCUACAGGUUUGCGUCCCCCUUGUGUUUGGUGCACCAACUCAAUGCCCAAGCCAGUGCCACUGCCAUGGGGACCUGCAACAUGUUAUCUGUGACAACGUUGGACUGAAGAAGAUCCCCCCCAUAUCUGAGGCCACCCGUCUUCUAAACAUGCAACGCAACAACCUGGGAAAUCUGCCAACCGGGGGCUUCAGUGAGAUGAAGGGGCUAGUUUCUCUGCACCUACAGCACUGUCAGAUCCGAGAGAUCUCCAGUCAGGCAUUCAAAGGACUGAAGAAACUCAUCUACCUCUACUUGUCUAACAAUGAGAUCAGCACUAUCAAGCCAGGUGCUUUUGAGGACCUAACCGAACUGACCUAUCUCUACUUGGAUGGUAACCAAAUUACAAGUCUUCCGAAGGGCAUCUUUUCUCCCAUGAUCAACCUCUUUAUCCUGCAGCUCAACAACAACAAGCUUGGAGAGCUGCAGGCUGGUACUUUCAAUGGUACUAGUGAUCUCCGAUGGCUUUACAUGAGUGGCAACGAGUUGAGCUCCAUACAGCAAGGUUCUUUUGAUGAAGUGGAGAACCUGGCCAUUCUAACUCUGGACCACAACAAGCUGUCCACAUACCCUCUCCUGGCUAUGAGCAAGCUGCGAGUGGUGGAGGAACUCAACCUGUCCAAAAACCCUCUCAGCGUCAUCCCUGACCACGCUUUCCGGAGCUUUGGCCGCUAUAUGGAGAAGCUCCAUCUAAAUGACAUGAGUCUGGAGAAGUUCUCCAAUGCUGCCUUUGAGGGAGUGACGGCCCUCAGAUCUCUGCACCUUGAGAACAACAAGCUAAAAUCACUGCCAAGCAGCCUUGAGUUCAAAACCCUCCAGAACAUCACUCUGUUUAACAACCCCUGGAGCUGCACCUGCCAGUUAGCAAACCUCAAAAAAUGGAUGGACACUAGCCGCCAUCACCCUGAUGCAGUUUGUGCCUCUCCUGGAAGCCAGAAAGGAAAGCAAAUAAGAGACAGCACUGCUUUCAAACGCUGCAAGGCAAAGACAAAGAAGCCCAGGAAGGGAGCACGGCUUUGAGUUGGAGGACAGGGAGAAGAGGCCUGUCCAGAUGUUGGGACUUCAAUGUGCAGAAAAGAAAAAGCAAUGCAGACUGCUACAUUGGGACUGUCCAUUUCCUCUUUCACUCAUUUUUUGUUUGACAUAUAGAUGCGCUGACUCAAUACAUACUAAAUAACAUGAAUAAAUGUUAUUUUAUAAAUAUGUGUUCAGAGACAUUGACAAACACCCUGAAGGAGCAACUGUGUGAGUUUGCAAAGAGAGUUUUCACAAACAUGUACACCGCAAACCAUGGUUCAAACUCUCAGUGUUCAUUGUUAUUGUAAUGCGUUUGCGAAUUAAAAAACCUGGUGAUAAAUCUAACAUCAUCACAGAACUAGUUUCUACACCACAGUAAAAAUCAGGACUCUUCUCCAUAAAUGAGAAUUGGUCUAAUAUUUUUGCAUUGAUUAGCAUUUACAUAGAAAAUUGUGCACAGAUAAUUCAUCAAACACCUCAAGAUUGUAUGUUUAGUUUAGUUUUGUUUUGACAAAUAGAAAUGUAUAUAUAUAUAUAUAUAUAUAUAUAUAUAUAUAUAUAUAUAUAUAUAUAUAUAUAUGUAAACCAAAUGGCCAAUAUAGAAUAAAUCUUGUCUAUUCUUUUGAUUCUAAUUUUAAGGUCUUCCACAGCACACUCCCAGGGUAGAAGCACUUAAAAUCAUAUAACCAAAGAGUUAUAAUCACAACCGAGCUCUUUAUGAGGAUCCUCUUUUAAUAUAGUGAGUUCAUCCCUAGCUUUAAACAUCUCACAGCAUCCUGCAAGGAAUUUCUGGGCUUUGUAAAACAGAACAAGCCUUGACCGUGACUAAAGCUGACACAUUCAAGAUGUGACCUGACCUGACCUCUUCUUUACAUCUCUGACCAAUGUCAAACGCAACACAGGCCAGGAAAACAUGGACUCCUUAUAGCCAUGAAAAUGGUAAAUGGGAUAAUGUAAAGACUAUGGAAGGAAUAACACAGCUAGUCAUUAUCACACAAUAAAUCUAGAAAGGAUAAAUAUACAGAUUAGCUAUUAAGAAUUCUUUGACUGACCAAUCAAAAUUAAGAAAUGCCACAAAUGAUGGUGGUGCCACAAGAAGAGUAUUUACGAAAUUGAGACAAAUGGAGGUUCUCCAGUCUAAUGUUUUCAGUUUGUUACUGUUAUGUACUCAUGCUCAAUAAAAGACAUACAAAGCA